GUGAGAGAGAGAGAGAGAGAGAGAGAGAGAGAGAGGAGAGAGAGAGAUAGAGAGAGAGAGACAGUGGAGAGAGAGAGACACUUUUCUACCCUUGUUCUUCCCUCAGCCUGCAGUCAGCUGUAGAUCACAUGAUCCUGGCGGAUGUUUCCUGCUGCGCAUGCUCAGCCUGCUCCGUGUUGUCAGGCAAAGAAUACGCCAGCACUAGGAGCAGAGAUCUGCAACAGAUAAACACACACACACACACACACACACCCACACACCCACACACAUUUGCAGCAAGCCAAGAAGGGGGAAAUCAAACUCCAACAGCAAAUGAAAAUGGAGAUGACUUCCUCAUUAACCUACCUUCAUUUUUAAAUUUUGCUCAGACAUUUCAUGAUCUUGUUCCAAGAGAAGAGAGGAGGAGGCAUCACUGGAGGAAAGUCCAUCGAAGGAGAAGGACUGCAAAGAGCUUGUCCCUCCAUCUUUAUUUUGUGAAGUUCUUCAUACAGAAGCCACGGCGCUUCAGACUCCAUGACUAUUCCAUGCCUUUGGGGUGUUUGAUGUGAAAUGGAUGAGAACAGUCCAAACCUGUCCAAGCUUCAUUUCUAAAUGACUAAUCCAAUGGACGUCAAAGGCCAGUGUUGGACGGAUGAGGAAUCAGAUGGAGAGAACGAGCCCGAGCAGUUCCUCUAUGGAAUUCAGGGGAGCUGUGCAGCCGAUCUGUAUCGCCAUCCCCAACUGGACGCUGACAUCGAGGCCGUGAAAGACAUUUACACGGACAGUGCCAUAUCAGUCAGAGAAUAUGGCACCAUUGAUGACGUGGAUAUCGACCUUCAUAUCAACAUCAGCUUCCUGGAUGAAGAAGUUGCAACAGCAUGGAAAGUCAUUCGAACAGAGCCCAUCAUCCUCCGCCUCCGCUUCUCCCUCUCGCAGUACUUGGAUGGACCUGAACCCUCAGUUGAUGUAUUUCAACCUUCUAAUAAAGAUGGAUUCAGCCUCGGACUUCAGCUGAAGAAGAUCCUGAGCACCUUCAUCUCUCAGCAAUGGAAACACCUGAGUAAUGAGUUCCUGAAAGUUCAGCAGGAGAAGAGGCACAGCUGGUUCAAGGCCGGAGGGACUAUAAAGAAGUUCCGUGCAGGCCUCAGCAUCUUCUCACCCAUCCCUAAAUCUCCCAGUUUCCCGCUGAUCCAGGACACGGCGCUGAAGGGUAAACUGAAUGUGCCUGAGCUGAGAAUGACCCGUCUUAUGAACCGCUCCAUCUCCUGUACCAUGAAGAACCCGAAGGGCGAGCUGUUCAGUUAUCCCCCCAACAGCCAGACUGUGGCAGUCCCGGUGGGCAGGGCUCCGGCGCAGAUUACCACGCGGCAGCUGAUUGAAUUGUUUUUCUCAUCCCAGGCGGGCGGCCACUGCAAGAACAUCCCCACUCUGGAGUACGGUUUCUUAGUGCAGAUAAUGAAGUAUUCUGAGCAGCGCAUCCCGACACUGAACGAGUACUGCGUGGUGUGUGAUGAGCAGCAUGUCUUUCAAAAUGGCUCCAUGCUCAAGCCUGCAGUAUGCACCAGAGAGCUGUGUGUGUUCUCUUUUUACACUUUGGGAGUGAUGUCAGGUGCAGCUGAAGAGGUGGCAACAGGAGCUGAGGUUGUGGAUCUUCUAGUUGCCAUGUGUAGAGCUGCUCUAGAGUCUCCAAGGAAGAGCAUCAUCUUUGAGCCAUAUCCCUCGGUAGUCGACCCCACUGACCCCAAAACACUCGCCUUUAACCCCAAGAAGAAGAAUUAUGAAAGACUGCAGAAGGCGCUAGACAGUGUUAUGUCCAUACGAGAAAUGACCCAGGGAUCCUAUCUGGAGAUAAAGAAACAAAUGGAUAAACUCGACCCCCUGGCUCAUCCUCUACUACAGUGGAUAAUAUCCAGUAACAGGUCUCAUAUCGUCAAACUGCCUCUGAGUAGGCAGCUGAAGUUUAUGCACACGUCCCAUCAGUUCUUGCUCCUGAGCAGCCCACCUGCCAAAGAAGCUCGAUUUCGGACAGCCAAGAAGCUCUAUGGCAGCACCUUUGCAUUUCAUGGUUCUCAUAUCGAGAACUGGCACUCUGUUCUGAGAAAUGGACUAGUCAAUGCCUCCUAUACCAAAUUACAGCUGCAUGGGGCAGCCUAUGGGAAGGGCAUCUAUCUCAGCCCCAUCUCCAGCAUAUCUUUUGGAUAUUCAGGAAUGGGUAAAGGACAACACCGGAUGCCGACUAAAGAUGAACUGGUGCAGCGCUAUAACCGUAUGAACACAAUUCCACAGGCAAGACCUUCAAGUCGCCCGAUUCAGUCACGAUUCCUACAGAGUCGGAAUCUGAACUGCAUUGCACUUUGCGAAGUGAUCACAUCCAAGGACCUCCAGAAACAUGGAAACAUCUGGGUGUGUCCUGUUUCGGACCACGUGUGCACACGCUUCUUCUUUGUAUAUGAAGAUGGCCAAGUAGGAGAUGCUAACAUUAACACCCAGGAGCCCAAAGUACAGAAGGAGAUCAUGCGUGUGAUUGGCACUCAGAUCUACUCGGGCUGA